CCGGGACAAAAGUGCUCUUUAAAGACGGCUGGUGACCAGCGACUUCAAACUCUGCUAACAGUAAAUGUUAGGAGGUGAGAUCAUAGAGCCAUACUGGUGAACAGGAGAGGCUGGUGCACUGACAGUCUGCCAGUAUCUUCAGAGCUGAGCUAUAAAAGCCCUCUCCCCCUCAGCUCAAGCCCAUUUCUUGCUCUGAAGUCUCACAGAGGAGAAAGCAGGGAUGAAGCUCCUCUUUGCAGCUACUUUUGCACUCUUUGUGCUGUCUGCCUUUGACCAGGCAGAUUCUUCAGCUUAUGACAAAAUAGUUGCACACAGCCGUAUUCGUGCAAAGAAACAAGGACCAAAUAUGUGUGCUCUCCAGCAAGUCGUGGGGACAAAGAAGAAAUAUUUCAGUACUUGUCGUAAUUGGUACCAAGGGGCCAUUUGUGGAAAGACAGCGACCGUGUUGUAUGAGUGUUGCCCAGGUUACAUGGAGCUGGCAGGCCAGCGUGGCUGUCCUGCAGUUGCUCCCAUUGACAACGUUUUUGGAACCCUGGGUCUAGUCAAAGCAAAAACUACUCAAGACUACUCAGAUAUUUCCAAACUCCGGCAAGAGAUUGAAGGUGCAGGAUCAUACACCUUUUUUGCACCCAGUAACGAUGCCUGGGAUCUUCUCGAAGCGGAGGUGAGAAAUGCUCUGGUGAGCAAUGUGAAUAUCGAGCUGUACAAUGCUCUUCACUACCACAUGGUCAACAAGCGUCUCCUCACUAAAGACCUCAAGAAUGGAAUGACCGCUACCUCUAUGUACAACGACUUGAGCCUGCACAUCAAUCAUUACUCCAAUGGGGUAGUCACAGUGAACUGUGCCAGGAUCAUUCACGGCAACCAGGUGGCCACCAACGGAGUUGUUCAUGUCAUUGACCGCGUCAUCACAGCAGUUGGCAGCACCAUUCAGGAUAUGAUCGAAGUGGAAGAUGAUUUGAGCACUUUGAGCACUGUAGCUACUGAUUCUGGAUUGAUCGACAAGCUGGGUGAGCCAGGACACUUCACCCUAUUUGCCCCCACCAAUGCUGCCUUUGACAAGUUGGGUAGAGAGGUUCUGGACAGGCUCAUGAAAGACAAGAAGUCCCUCCAAGCUCUCCUCAACUACCAUCUGUUGAACUCUGUUCAGUGCUCUGAGGCCAUCAUGGCCGGCACAUCACAUGAAACCCUGGAGGGCAGCAAUAUUGAGAUUGGCUGUGACGGAGACAGUCUCACAGUCAACGGCAUCAAGAUGGUACUCAAGAAGGAUAUUGUCGCCACCAAUGGAGUCAUUCAUCUCAUCGAUGAGGUCCUCAUGCCAGACUCUGCUAAACAGGUUAUGGAGUUGGUUGGACAAUCUCAGGCCACCUUCAGUGACAUGUUGACAGAGCUGGGCUUGUCUGCAGCGAUGAGACCCCAGGCUGAGUACACGCUUCUGGCCCCAGUCAAUGCAGCCUUCAACGAUGAGGUGAUGUCCAUGGACCAGAGCUUCCUGAAGAUCAUUCUGGAAAACCACAUCCUGAAGAAUAAAAUUGUGCUGAGUCAGCUAUACAAUGGCCAGCGUCUGGAAACACUCUCAGGGAAAUUUCUCAGAGUCUUCGUCUACCGCACAGCUCUCUGCAUUGAGAAUGCGUGCUUGAUCCGUGGCAGCAAAGAGGGAAGCAAUGGUGCCCUGCAUCUCAUGAAGACCCUGAUCUCGCCAGCAGAGUCCAGCAUGUUCCAAAUCCUGGUGAAAAAUGGUGCCUUCAAGAUCUUUUUGUCACUGAUGGAAGCAGCCGGACUGACGGACUUGCUCAAACAGGAAGGAGAUUUCACACUUUUCGCUCCUACCGAUGAAGCUUUCGCAGGGCUCAGCGAAAGAGACUUGACUCUUUUGAAGAGUAAUGGAAACGCCCUCAAAGCCAUCCUGCUUUAUCACUUCAGUAACGGAGUCUUCAUUGGUGGAGGAUUGGAGACCGGAGUCACAAACCUCCUGAAAACUCUCCAGGGCAGCAAUUUGAGGGUGUUGUAUGCAAACGCGAGCAUGCUGGUCAACACUGUGAAAGUUCCCGAGCCUGAUAUAAUGGCCACAAAUGGAGUCGUUCACUUUGUCAGGACUCUUCUGUACCCCGAGGAUAUUCCUGUUGGGAGCCAGGAUCUCCUUUCACUCCUCAGAAGGAUUAUCCGGUACAUCCAGUUUAAGUUUGUUCCUGGAUACAGAUAUCAGGAGAUCCCUCUGACGUUUAUGAGAAGAGUCAUUACAGUUCCAGGUGAUGUUACGAAAGUGACCCGAGUUAUCCAGGGAGAGCCUACCAUCACCAAAGUGACACGGGUGAUUGAGGGUGCACCAAGCGUUACCAAGGUCACUCGUGUGAUUGAGGGUCAGCCUUCUAUCACUAAAGUCACCAGGGUGAUCGAAGGACAGCCAUCCUUGACCAAGGUUACGAGAGUCAUCGAAGGGGAUCCAAGUAUGACCAGAGUCAUUGAAGGUCCUGAAUAUUCAGUCACCAGCUCCACCGAUACGGAGCUUUAUGAUUUCGGUGAGGACUCUGAGGGAAUCACUACAUUCAUUCAGGAGGGAACAAGAAGAGUGCCUCCAAGAAGAGUGCAAGGAGGCGUCCGGAGGAGAACCUAGAACUUGAGCAGACACAGUGAGCACAAGCAAAAGAAAAAAAAAGGCCUGAAGAGUAUUUCAUAUACUUCCUUCAUUUACUUGCACAAUGAUCCAGAGCCUAUUAGGUUGGAGUUGAGUUUAAGACAAACAAAGAAACAACCUCAUUGCUUUGUUUAAGUACAUUUAGUCCAAACAAGCAUAUGAAAUUUCCCAUGUGUGUGUAAAUAUUUGAAACUUUUUUUGGAUUUGUUCUUAACUGUGGCUGGAAACAGUUUGACGUGUAAGUGCUCUUAUGUGACAGGAUACAUAAAAUAUCUGAUGUUUUUAUGCUACAUCAAAUCAGAAACAUUUGGACAACCUUUAUAUGUGGAGUAUCAAUACUCUUUAGGCAUCAAAAAAAGUAAAUAAAUAGAGAAUGUUCAUACGAAAUACAUGGUGCAGGGAACAGAUGCCUUAAACCAGAAAUACGAGUGUAUUUUUCUGGGAUGCGGUUUAACCGUUGCAUGGACAAUGAUUUCAUGGUGCUCAUGUUUAGAUGGUGUAAAAUCUAAAAUACUGACAGGAAUUAAGUUUUGUUUUCAAAUCUAAAACCUUUUCUUUGUAUUUCUUUUGUGGUGGAGAGGGUUGAUUGUUUUUCAUUUUCACGGUUUUAGUGUUUUGUUUGUGUAUGUAAAGUGUGUCUCCUUUUUUGCAUUACCUGUGGACAGAUGUGCUCAAUCCUUUUAUCUCAAACUGAAUGUUCACUUUACCAAUUCAAAUUUAAUUUGACUUAAACAGGUUUUGGCUCCUUUGCAUUUAUUUUCAAAUUCCAUAAUAAACUCAACUUUUAGACAUGGAA